CAGAUCGCGCGCCUGACGCCGUCGCACCACGCCUUCAAGAACCUGAACCCGUUCCACGUGCUCGACCUCGACGUCGACGCGACGCCCGACGACAUCAAGGCGCGCUACCGCAAGCUGAGCGCGCUCACGCACCCGGAUAAAAACGGCGGCGCGGACGACGCGCGGCGCGCCUUCGAGUACGUCAAGGACGCCUACCUGGAGCUGAGCGACGAGAAGAAGCGGGCCAAGACCGUGCUCAUCGUCGAGGGCGCGCGGCGGCGCUGCCGCGACGAGCGCGCGCUCCAGGUCGAAAAAGGGAUCGUCGACGGCGAGGACGAGCUGCCGCCCCUCGACGGCGCGCUCGCCAAGGAGGUGCUCAAGACCUUCGCGCAGAACGAGAUGAAGCGCCGCGACGUCGAGGACCACCACCGCGUCCAGGCGAACCGCGACCGCGAGCACGAGGAGGCCGCGAAGAAGAAGGACGCGGACGAGAAGGCCUUCGAGAAGCAGUGGAACGACGACGACCGCCGCGCGGACCGCAUCGACUUCUGGCAGCAGUUCCAGGACGACGCGAAGCGCGCGACGAACGUCAAGCGCCAG